CAAAGUCUCCUCCCUCUGGUAAAGCAGGCUGUGGAGACAGGUAGAGAAUACGAACUGCAGAAAGAUAAAGCCUAGGGACAUGUAAACUUGAAGCAGGUUAAAGUACAGUUGCGUGAAAAGAGACCUCUUGCUGCUGUUUCUGAUAAUGGCAGUUCCUGAGGUCGUGUUGGUGGGUUCCUGUAUGACGGAUCUGGUGAGGUUUGAAAAAUUGUUUUGGGAUCUUUAAGGAAAAGAGAAUCUCCUUAACUGCAAGAUCAUUAUCUCUGCCUACAUUCCUCCACUCCCAAUGAUCUGCCUAGACUUCUCCACCUUCCCUUUCUCUUUCCACCACCUCCAGAAUGCAUGUCUCCUUUCAUGUUGCCUAAUUUGCCUGAAGCCCCCUUCCAGCUCCCUUUCUCCAUCCACACUCAAACAGUCUUACCACUCGUUUACCCAAAGCUGGAGAGACCAUACAUGGACACAGGUUUUUCACUGGAUUUGGGGGGAAAGGUGCUAAUCAGUGUGUCCAGGCUGCACGACUUGGGGCUAAAACCUCAAUGAUCUGCAAGGUUGGGAAGGAUUCCUUUGGUUAUGAUUAUAUUGAAAAUUUCAAGAAAAAUGGGAUUCCUACAGAUUUUGUAGAUCAAACGGAGAAGGCAGCUACAGGAGCUGCUUCUAUCAUUGUUGAUGAUAAAGGACAGAAUUGUAUUGUCAUUGUUGCGGGAGCAAAUUUGCUUCUGGAUUCUGAAGACUUGAAGAGGGCUUCUCCUGUCAUCUGUCAAGCCAAAGUAAUGGUCUGUCAACUUGAAGUAACCCCAGCUAUUUCUCUGGAAGCUUUGAAACUGGCACAUAACAGUGGAGUGAAGACAUUAUUUAACCCUGCUCCAGCUCUUGCUGACCUAGAUCCACAAUUUUAUACCCAUUCCAACAUCAUCUGCUGCAAUGAAAGUGAGGCUGAAAUUCUAACAGGCAUCACUGUCAGUAAUGCUCAAGACGCUGGUUGCGUGGGGCUUGUGCUGUUAGAGAAAGGCUGUGAGACUGCAGUCGUAACCUUGGGCCCUGAGGGAUGUGUAAUGGUCUCUGCAAAGGAGCCCAUUCCGAAACACAUUCCUGCUAAGAAGGUCACCGCUGUGGACACCACGGGAGCAGGUGACAGCUUCGUGGGAGCACUGGCUUUCUACCUGGCUUACUACCCCAGCCUGCCACAAGAAGAAAUGUUGAAAAGGGCCAAUUUUAUUGCAUCAGUUAGCGUCCAGACAGCAGGAACACAGACUUCCUUUCCUUAUAAGAAAGACCUGCCGCAGCAUCUCUUUUAAGUUGUAUCUAUAGUAUUAAAAUAGGGAACAGAUUUUUUUCCCCCUCUCUGUUAAUGUUAGGGUAAUGAGUAGAUGUGAUGUGUAAGAAACCAGAUGUUAAAAAGACAAAUUGGCUGUACAGAACAGAUACUGGGAAUUUAGCUACCCCACAUUAGGCCUGCAGUUGCAAUAUGAGAGGCAGUUUGUUUUCAUAUUACAAUUCUACUUUAAUUUUUUUUAAGUUGUGAAAUUAUACUUUCAGGUAAAUGAAGCUUAUCUCUUCCUGUAGCUAUGAUUACUUAAUUAUCCCAGUACAUACUAGAUGUAGAAAUAUCAGUACCAGAGACUAAUCCAAGAGUCACUACCUCUAAACACUCAUUUGAUGCUACUAGUAACUAGAGCCUUCCCUGCUUUGGUAGCAAAAGUGUAGCUGUAGGUGUAUCUCUAGAGCAUUUUUUGUUCUGAUAGUUUUUCUGAUAGGCAAUAUUAAUUAUAGUUCCCUGAAAUUUGAUGCAAAGCUGAACUCAUCAGUGGUAUCUGCAAAAUUAUUUUCAAGUAUAACAGGAUGGCUGAAUCUUAUGUUCGUAGAAAGGCCAGGAAGCUAUGGCCCUUGGACAAUAUUCCCUUAAAGACUGCAACUUGUUCUUCAUCACUCUUUUGUGUCAAGUGAUUAACAAUACUUUGAAAACUACUUUAAUGAAGACCAGUUAAAAAACUUAAGUUUUAUUGUCAUGUGAAAUAAUGUUCCUUUGAAAAAUGCUAGUAGGUCCAAAUCAGCACAGAAAUGAAGCACACAGACAAUGGGAUUUGUUGAUUUUUUUAAAAUUGGGAACUGUAAAAAUAUGUCAAAAGAUAAAUAAACUAAUGAUGUGAUGAUCUGUA